UAACUGUUUUACCAACACGUGCAACCCUUCACUGAUACAUUUUCCACCCACUAGGUGGACCACCAUCGGACAAUGUGGAAUCAGGCAUUGUGCAUGAUGGGCAACAGCCAAAGAAAGAAAGAAAUGGCGGCGUUUCUUCAAUUUUAGUUAUUAAUUCGUGUUUGUUAGCGUUCCUCUCGAUUCAAGCAAUUUAUUUUGUUCUGUCGAUAAUCUUCGCAAUCGCAGUUUCGUGCCAGGUAUCCGGUGACCCCUUCUGAAUUCAUAUAUCGCGUAAACUCGACGACUUUCCGUACGGCAUAACCUAACAAAUCGUUCGGCGUUUGUGUUUAAUCGUGAUUGAAAAGGAUGGCAAUGAACGAGGAUUUCAAUUUCGCCGAAUUGUGCAGACUUUGUUCGUUGAAGAGCAACCAUCAGCUUCAGAUUUUUGAUAAAGAAGGCGAGCAAAGGCAGCUACUUUUUAAAAUACGUUCCUGCAUUCCUGCUGUGAUAACGAAAGAGGAUGCACUGCCGAAAAAUAUCUGCCAGAGAUGUGUCUAUAAGCUAGAUAUGUUUUACGAAUUUCGGGUUAGCUGCAUGACGACUGAUACGGUGUUAAAGAAUUAUGCGGAUAGUUUGAAACAUCUUGCUGCAUCGGUAAAUCAGGGCACGGACAAAGACAAGAUGUCUAAUGGUAGUCAGCAGCAACAGCAACGAUCGGCCUACGUGGAGGCACAUGCAGUGGCCCAUGCUGCAGUGCAGCAACACAUGGCACAACAAGCUGCACAAGCGAGACUGGCUGGACCUGGACCACCUGCAACCCCUCAGACACCUAAUCCAACGUUCACUCUUCCCGACGAUGGUUUGGGCUACGACGAUGGCGUGCGGGUGCUUCGUUCUAUCGGAACCUGGUCUCCAGAUUACUCGGCAGCGAUGCGGCCCGGUGGAGUGAUGCCUCCGUUUCCCGGCGCGAUGGAUCAACAGUUUGGUAGCAGAGCCCCGACAGUAAAUCAGCCCUUGAGGACAACAAACAACGUAACCUCUCGUCCAGGAUUUGCAUCGAAAGCCACCAAUACGGGAGAACCGGCGACAAAGGCGUUCGCUUGCACCGUGUGCGGCAAAGGCUUAGCACGCAAAGACAAACUCGUCAUUCACAUGCGCAUCCACACCGGAGAAAAGCCGUACUCUUGCGAAGUUUGCGGAAAGGCAUUCGCUCGCAGAGACAAGCUGGUUAUUCACAUGAACAAGCUCAGACAUCGACCGGGUGUAGCGCCACUCUCUACACCGACAGCUCCGAAUUCGGAUCAACAGCAACAGCAGCAGCAGCAGCAGCAACAACAACAGCAGCAGCAACAAGCUCAGCAACAGCAGCAGCAGCAACAACAGCAACCACCGCAACAACCACAAGCACGUCAAGAUACUAUACAUAAGCUGAAGGAGGAGCCGGUUAGUUGGGCAUGCGAAUUGUGCGGUCGGGCAUUAGCUACGAGGGAGGAAUGGAUGCAGCAUGCUAGAUCUCAUUUAGAAGCAUCCGCUCCACCACAGCAUGCAGCGCCAUAUUUUCCAGGAUCUGCGCCCCCACCGCAACCGUACGCGUCCGAGAGGCAUUUCUGUCUGAUGUGUCGCACAGAUUUUACAGAUAAGGCUGAAUUUAUGUUCCACGUACGUUCCCAUUUCGAACCUCACGCGCAGCAAACACCGCCUCAGCAUUCGAGCGGUAAACAAGGCAGCGAUCCCGCAACCGCGGAACUGAUCGCACGCGGAUUGGUCGAUCCUUCGGGAUUAUGCAGCUAGAAUUAUCCUUCCUGUAAUUACACGCCAUCGAUUCGUGUCUUACCAUAGUACAAGUUCACUACUCCAUUUCGACCAGGACUUUUACAUAGGGUGUCAUGCAUAUUGUGAUUGUAAUGAAUAUACUGAUUUAUUAGCAGGAGAUGCACAGUAGUAUAUUCAUGUACAAAUAUUAGUUUGCGUUUAUUUUGUAUUAAUCAGUCAUUUGCAUAUUACACGUUCGUAUGAAGCAUUCACUGGUAGUUCUGUCCGAAUGGGAUCAGCCUUGGAUUACCAUGUUACAUCGCCACGUGCUAGAUCAUCAGGGGAGGGAACCUUUCUGUUCCUUAUCUAGUUAUGCCAAUGGUAUUUAGUCUCUCGAUUACUGGAAAUAAGUCAAUACAAAGGCUCGCAUCUGACAAGAAAGAAGAAUAUUUUUUACUUGACGCAACAUAUCAACCAACGAAAAAAGUGUAUAGAACUUGAAUGAUCAUAAAGGUACUACUGUGUAUCCCACGAUGCAUGAAGGGUGCUGGAAAUUCGUGCUACAAGAAAGAAAAAGGAUAUUUCGUGCGAAACUAAAUCGAAAUUAUGAAAUAAAUAGUUUUCUUUUGAAGCUUGGGUUUCGAGGGAAUUUUUGAAUUCAUGACGACUUUUUUUUUUAUAAGUAAUUGGAGGAUUUUUUGAAUCUUUCUGGGGACGAAAGUGAAGGUUAGGUUUGAAUUAGGUUAGGAAAUUUUACCUAUUUUUUAUCAUGUAAUUAAUAAAGUUUUAAAACUAUUUUUCUUGAAAACUUAGUUCAAAAUGAAAACCACAUUUUGUUUCAUAAUUUCUGUGUAGUGUUGCACAAGGUAUCAUCAUUUCCUCGCCUGUACCACGCAUUCUACUGUACUCUGUGUAACGAAGACAUAAUACGUUAUUCAUAAAAUAUUUAGGUAUUGACGCGAUACUGAUUUACACCAUAAUUUCACUAUUGCGUCAGUAUUUAAGUGUGAUUACUUAAUAGUAUACGUUCCUACAUAGCUAGCUUCCCGCCGUUUUUAGCCAUUAGCAGUAUCCGCAAUAUCAGAUGUACAGGUUUGUUCUCAAUGCUAUCGUAUCUGUUCAUUUUAAUUUCUAAAUAACUAUUUUUAUAAUUACAUUGUUACUUUAACAUCAUGCUAAUAUGUUACAAUUACUGGUAACUCUUGCGAUAAUAUUAUAUAGUUCGUUUAAAUUAUAAGUAAGCGAACACGUUCUCUUUUUUACAUCAUUUAUAUGAUCAUUAUGGUAGUUACACAUAAAGUGUAUCAACAUUGUAAGAGCAUAUUUCUUGAUUAUGUGAUUCUUUUCUUCUCCUCUUUUAAGCUCGAUGAUCUUCCAAAGGCAGUGUAUUAUUAGCCGCAUUAUCGAUUUGUAAUACCAAACAUGUAGUUUUUACUGUUGUAUAGCGUAAGUGUUGACAAUAUUACCGAUGAAAACAUCUACAGAUGUUUAUAUCCUUAUCGAAUUUAGACAAGUGAUUUUUUAUCUUUAAUUACUAUUUUAAUCGUA